AUGAACUGGACUUGGUUGAUUCUGCUGGUUUUCGCCGCCGUUCGCGCCGAUCCCUGCGGAAACUGUGGAGAUAAUGGCGAAUGUGUUCGGAAUUUCACGAAUCCAGGAAUGUUCUAUUGUCGGUGAGUUGUUUGAUCAUGUUUUGGUAUGAUUUUUAGUUAGGGAUAUUGGAGUUGACGGGAGUUAUGAGCAAUUGUUUGAGAGUAAUACCAAUCUUGGGGUAGGACAACAUAAUUUUUUGGUUUUGAAGGUUUAUUCGGUUGGAGUAGAUGCUAGAUAAGGUGAUAGAGGUUUAGUUUUCCAUAUUAACAUAGAUUUUUUCAAAAGUUUGCUAAAUUUUGAACUUUUGAUUGAUACCGAUUUUUGGGUAGGAUAAUAUUUUUUUGAGCUUUGAUAAUGAUUUUAAUCGAGUUAAUGAGUUAUAAUGUAUGAUAGACAGCGCGUAAAGGUUUUUUUAUUAUAGAGUUAGAUUUUUUCGAAAAUUUGAAAAGUUUUUACUUUUUCUUCGAUUUUGUGCAGAAUGAGGUUAUUUUAGGUAAUACUUGGUUUUUUUGUUUAUUUUAAAGGCUUUUAAUGUUUUGAAAUUUAAAUUAUUUAAAAUAUAGUAUAAAAUACGUAGUUUUUGUCAAAGUUGGCCACUUUAACUUAUAAAUUUUAACUACAUUAUAUCACAUAUGUCUAAAACAACAUAAUAAACAAGCUAUGCGUAAAACGAAGCAAAAUAACAUAUAUGAAAGUUGCCAAAAUGAACUUUUUAAAGAAAUAUUAAAAGAAACAACGAGUUUUUUUGCCCAAACAGCACGAAAUACUAAGUGUAUUCAUAAAAACACAGAAAACUUGCUAAAAUGUCAUGCAAAUCCACUAGAACAAGUCAAAACAUCGCAAUAAAUUAUAGGAUAUGGAUAUCUUAAUCCGGUUGCACUGUAAUUUAUGGCCUCUUUUAUGUUUCCAUUUCCCAAACAGAUCAGCGGCAGUCUAUAAGAAUUUAUAAGAGACUUCCGAUUAAUCGGAUUGCGGAAAAAGUUUGUUUUAAUGGCUUUUCAUGCUUUAUAAGGACUAUAGUGGUUAUUAAAGCCUUUUAUGAAAAUGUCUGUGGAUUAUUAGGAGAAAAUAGUAAUGGUUGUUUGUCUUUUACUUUGUUAAUUGUUUUCAAAUAGCGUUUACAUAGAAGAGCAUUGUCUCCAACAUAAGAAAUAGUAUACUUUGUCAGUACAAACUUAUAGUAACGGCUCUUUUUACCGAAUUUUUUAAUGGAGAUAUGGAACUUACCGUAUUUUACAACACUUUGCAGUAUUCAAAAUUAAAAAAACGUUGUUGUUUUGUAUUUUGCAUUGUCCAACACCUUCAUGAUAUAUAAAAUUCAGAUUUUAAAAAAUUUCUGAAGCUUCACGUUGCCAGCGAUUUAUAAAAAAAAGAGUUUUAAGAAGCGAACAACCUUAACCACAAGCAGAUUCAAUUACCUUGGCAAUAAAACAAAUUAAAGCCUAAUCGAGCCUUUUUUAUGGCAACUGAAUCCUUGCGCAACAAACACACCUCCGCCUCGUUCCCAGAACACUAAAAAUGGGUGCGCUUUGCGCGAGUUAAUUUUAAUGGGCAAGACACUGAUAAAAACAUGGGAUGCCUUUCUCAUGUUGAUUAAAUAAGAUAAUUUGACUUUAAUGAGCUGUUAAAUUUGGUGAAAAAACAGCUGGGAAAGGCAUAAAGUGUAAAAAUUUAAAGAAAAGUGGUAUUUUAAAAUCCAAUGGUUUAAAUUAUGUAAAAUACGGUUGGGAAAAAGCAAGUGAAUAUUAGGUUUGCAUAUUUUAAAGUUAAAAAUAUUGAUCUUUUGUAGUGCCAAGAUCAAGGCAAAGUUUAUCCUUUGGCACGCCGCAUAUGAGCUUUGAGUUUGUUCACGAGCUAAUCCACUUGGCGCUUUGUUUGCUCGUUGCCGUUUUUAAUUUCUGGCAAGUUUAUAACCGGACAUAUUAGUCAGGAUGAAUACGAAUAUACUAGUAAAAGAAACUUAAAGCAUAAUAACUUAUUUGAACCAGCAAAUAUUUUAAAAACGCAGCAAAUAUAGGUGGUAAGGACCAUGGUAAAAUGUUUUAGUGGGUGAACUUUUGAGAUGUGACAUGGUUUGACAACAAAAAUCGAUUGAAAUGUUUGUUAUCUUAUUGUGUUGGAUAGCAAGGUUGAUAUAAAUGUUUAUGUACGUUUGUUAAGGUUUGUCAAAUUUUUUUGCAUAGUAAAUUGAAUUUAAAAAGUUGUUUUUUACUGUUACUAUUCCUUUUUUGUAAUUUUCCACGUUUACUAUGCUUUAAAACUUUGACAACUCUUAACAAAAGUAAAAAUAAACGUUUUUAUCAGUCUUACUAUCUAACACAGUAAGAUAACCUACGUUUUACUCAAUUCUUGUUGCCAAAACAUGUCACACCUCACAGUCUCGACCUCGGAAACCUGUAAUUACAGCCCGCAGCGACAGCCUUGAACUCAUAUCGAUAAUUGUUUUUGCGUAAAUGUUUCCAAUUGUGAAAAUGAUGCGUGGUGAUAGGUGUGAACCUAAUCGAAAUGAUAGGGGGAUUAUUUGGGAAUUAGAGGAUUUGAAAAUGACAAGUUUAAUUUGCGUAAUAUGAUAAUGUUUGGGUAGGGGUGAAAUGAUAGGGUCCACAAACGUUGAUAUUGGCGGGGGAGUGGGAGAUUUAAAUUUUUUUUUGAAAAUGAGUGUUUAGCCAAAAAAAUUUUCUUGUCUUUCAUUUUUUCUUCCCCUCCCCUCUCCUUCGCUUAAAAAAGUCUGUAGCGACGUUCCUGGUAGUUAGAGUAGUUUUUUGAUUUUUAGGUAACAACUUUGAUUUUUUUAAAAAUAUUUGCAAAAAAGUUUAAUUCCAGAUGCAAACGUGGUUAUUCUGGAGACAAAUGUGAUGUUUUUGAUUACUGUGAAAACUCAGGAUUCGCCUCAACGGGUAUCAAUCCAUGUGCUAAUGGAGGAAAGUGCGAACAUACGCCAGAAGGCUUUGUGUGUCAUUGCAAAGAUGUUUUUACUGGUAAGUACUGGGACUGAUGGGUUAUGCAUUGUAAAUAAUGAAUUAGGUUUUUUAAAUUUUAGGUAACAAAAUGGGUUUUUUUUAAUUUUGCAUUGGAAUUGAGGGUUUUUUUGAAUUUUAGGUAACAAAAUAAGCUUUUUAUUUAAAUUUUAUGUUAGAAAUGAGGAUUUUUGAAUUUCAGGUAUCAAAUUUAAAUUUUUUGUUAUAGAUAGGUAAUUACCUUAAUUUUCAUCCCUUUUAGGCCACCGUUGUGAAGAAGACGUCGACGAAUGCCAACAAGAAGGUCUAUGCCAAAACGGAGCCAAAUGUGAGAACAAAUUCGGUAGCUUCGAAUGCCUGUGUAACAAUGGCUUCAGUGGAAAGUACUGUGAGAUCAACACGGAUGAUUGUGCUGACAAUCCAUGUCAAAAUAAUGCAACAUGCAUGGAUGGUGCUGAUACUUAUAGUUGUGUAUGCCGGAAGGGUUUUUAUGGUGGGUUUUGUGAUGCAUGAAGUUUUUUUUAUUAUUUUAGGUAACAAGAUAUAUAUUUUUUUUAAUUUUGCGUUAGAAAUGAGGAUUUUUUUGGAUUUUAGGUAACAUUUUUUAAUUCUGCGUUAGAAAUGAUGAUUUUUUGAAAUUUUGAAAAAAAAUUUUAAAACACUUCAUUUCAGGCCCGAUCUGUGAGCACAAAGACGAAUGUUAUCACAACAAUCCGUGCCAACACGGUACCUGCCGUCUGAAUUCGGAAGGCAAAGCUGAAUGUAAAUGCCCACUCGAAUUCGAAGGUGAUCACUGUGAAAAAGACGUUGAUGAAUGUGAAUAUACACCAUGUGGAGAGAGAGGACGUUGUGAGAAUCAAUUCGGAAGCUACAAGUGCCAUUGUCAUCCAGGCUUUGAAGGGGACAGAUGCGAGAAGAACAUCGACUACUGCAAGGUGGAUCAUUGCCAGAACGGUGGAAGUUGUAUCAGUCAGAAGGAUCGAUACCUUUGUGUUUGUGUUGUUGGUAAGGUUUUAGUGUUUUAGGUAUUAAAAGUGAUUUUUUUACGCAUUUUAGAACUAAAAACGAUAUUUUAGGUAACAAAAAUAGAUUUUUUUUGAGGUUCACAGCCUUUUUAGGUAACAAAUUUCAAUUUUAAAAAUGAUAUGUUAUAGGCUUCUCCGGAGAGCACUGUGAGUACCGUGAUGACAAGAACUGCAAAUUGCCUUGCCAGAACGGCGGUCUGUGCCUAAACUCAACUCAUUGUGAAUGUGCGAACAGCUUCAAAGGCCAGUUCUGUGAGGAAGAGAAGCCUGAUCCAUGUGCUGGAAAACCCUGCGAAAACGAUGGAGUUUGUCUUACUACUGAUGACUAUGAGUAAGAUUUUGGGAGUUUUUUGGGAAAGGGGGGGGGGUUGAAAAAAAAUUGGAUAAUUUUGAAAGUUUGUUACCUAAAAACACUAAAUUUUUGUUUGAAAUUUUUGAUUUUUCGAAAUUUCGUUAGUUAAAAUCAUAUUUUUCAGAAGCUUCACCUGCAACUGCCCCACCAGCCAUACCGGCAAAUUCUGCGAAUUCGAAAUCUGCAACCCGGGCGAAGAGUGCAAGAUGCGACCCUACUUUUGCGGAGAUGACAAAUGUCUUAACGGUGGCACAUGCGUAAGCCUAAAACACGGCUACAAAUGCCACUGCCAAAACCGCUUCUUGGGAACACGAUGCGAACUCCAAAAUUCAACGUCUGUCAAAAUCUCUGCUACUUCGGAUGAUACGGACAAGAAAGGACAAGUCAUUGUCUACUUGGUCGGCGAUUGGGAGCUGGUCAGAAGACACAUCAACGAGAUCUUGAAUACAAUGCAGAACACAGUGAAUGUGGACAUGAAACUGGCAUUGGAUGGAGAUAACAAGGCUAUGGUCUACGAAUGGGAUUCGGUUAAUGGACCUGGAAAGAGAAUCGAUUUGAAGCCGGAAAGCGAGGAUCAAAGGGAGCUGGAACAAGGUAAAUUGAGGUUGCUUUUGGGGUUGAGUGAGGUCAAAGUGAAUUUUUUAAAAAAUGACGUUUUAUUUUGGACUGAAAUGUUGAUAGAAUGUGUGAAAUAGGUUAAGGAAGGGUUAGAUAAUGAUUUUAGGGGUUGUCGUUUAAAAUUUUGUUGAGAAAUUGGCUAAAAAUGGCAUAUUUUCGGUAAAAAUUCAACUUUUUGGACUUGCAAGGAAAAAAUUUUUUUUUUGAAAAAAUGACGUUUUGAAUUUGAAUGAAAUUUUGAGAGAAGGUGUAAAGUAGAAUAGGGAAGGUCUGCAUAGUUAUUUUGAGGUGUGAUAUUAUCAAAACAUUUGAAAAUAUCAGCUAAAAAUGAUCUUAUUUUGGACAAAACGGGCAUGAUUAAGCUAAAUUUGAAAUUUUGAAAAAAUUCUUUUUUGAAUAUGACUGAAAUUUUGAUAGAAGGUGUAGAAAAGAAUAUCAAACAUUUAGAUAUUAGGUUGGUAUCUAGAAAUUUGAAUAAAUUUUGAGAUAUUACCUGAAAACCACCAAAUUUCUAGAUCCAGAAGUGGUCCGCGGCGUGUUCAUGGUCUUAAAAGUCGACACAACUCAAUGCAAAUCUGAAGACGAUUCAUGUCCCAAAAAUCUGGUCGAAGCCUCAAAAGCCCUAAUGAGCGCAAGCACUCAAAAAGCCCUGAAGCCAUUGGGAAUCAGCGUCAAAGAAGCGGAAGGCCCACAUGAGAAGGAACAAUCAUCGAAAACGUUCUGGUUCUCACUGAUUGUUGGUGCUGGUUUACUGUCAUUGUUGAUAAUAAGUGUGCUGAAUGUUGUUACGAACUUCAACAAGAAUCAGAAGGAUCCGUUCACUGGUUUGUUCAAGAAGGGCAGCUUGAUCUAUAAGGCGAAUAGCAAGAGGAAUGCCAAGACUUUUAGUGCUUCUACGUUUAUUCCGCCAUUGGGUAUGUGAUAUUUGGUUUGUAAAAUGAGUUAGAAGGAUUUGGUAUGAUUAAAUGAUUUUUGUUAUUAAUUUUAAUAUUUUUUGGUUGAGGGAAAAACGUGACUCAAAAUUGGUAAUUUCGGUCAAGUGUUUCCCUCAGAGGGAAAUGUCAAAAAUAGAAUAGUAUAAGGUUAGAGAUUUGUUUUUAAUAUGAUUUUGGGCCGUUUUUUAUUUUUUUCGAAAUUUUUAAGUUUUACUUUUUUCAGAAAAACCUCUGAUCCAGCCAACACAACCCUACGACUACCUUCAAAACCCAUCCUACAUGCAAUUCGGCGGUCCAUUUGGCCAUCAAAACUAUGGAAUGCUCCCAACUACCUCACUACUACAAGAAAAAGCCAAAGUCAUCAUGGCGGACGAAACCAAAUUACUGCCGGAGAGAGCCAGUUCAGAAUCCGACAUUCAUUUUUGGGUCCAGAAGACGGGUGUAAUCUCGGAAUUGCCGGAAGGCGCCGAAAUCAACAAACCCGAUCAUGUCUGUCGAACGGCGUUGCAUUGGCUCGUGGAGAUUAAACUGGAAAAUGAAAGUAUUCACGACGUCGAGUUUCUGUAUCACAAAGGCGCGGAUUUGAACGCUGUUGACAUGGGUAAGGGUGGGAAAAUGGUUUUUGGGUAUAAGAGGGUCGUUUUUGUAGGGGUGGUUUGUUCUAAUAAUCAUGGUCAUUUUUCAGCUGGAGAUACGCCCUUGAUGCUGGCAGUGAAAAACUGGAGAAACGCGGUUGUCCUACGCCUUCUAGAGCUCGGUGCCAACCCAACAAUCACAAACUCUCUGGGCCAAAACGCCUUGCAUUUGGCAGUCCAAACCGGCAAUGAGCCGGCUGUCGCUGAACUUUUGAAAUUCCCAACGAUGCAGCUGGAUCAAGGCACGCUGGACGAAGAAGACACGCCUUUAAAGUUGGCAGCAAAGCACGGUGAUGUUUACUACGGAAUCGCGUUGAGAUUGAUCGAAGCCGGUGCUCAAAUCGACGCCACAGGCGAUGCGAACAAGAGCAACGGAUUGAAGCGAACGCCACUACAUGCAGCUACGUUAAGUGCGGCCGAGAAAAUCAUGACGCUGUUGUUGAAGAAUGGAGCUCAAGUCGAUGCGAAGGAUAGUAAUGUAAAUUAAAAUUUGAUUUUUUUGCUUUUUGCUCUGCAAAUGUGGAAAAAUAUGGCUUUUUGAUACAUAAAACACUGUUCCUAAGUGAAUUUUUACGUUUUUUUGUGUCUUAAAAUUUUUUUUGAAUUUUAUAUGUACUUUGUGAGUAUUUUCGUACAAUAUUUUAAGACUUUUUUUAUUUUUUUUUAAAUUUGUCAUCAUGACACAUUUUUUUUGGAAGGGAUGACUUAUUUUUUGAAAUCGUUAAAAAAGUAAAAAUUGUCGUCGUCUACAAUGUAUUUUAUGUAUUUUUUUUGUUUAUACGUAGUUCGUAUGUACAUGUGUCAUCAUGACAAGUUUUUUGGAAAGGAUGACAGAUUUUUUGGAAAAGAUUACAUAAUUUUUAAAAUUUUUGGAAAUUUAGAAUGGCGUUAUUAGCAAUACAUUUUAUGUAUUUUUUCAAUUUCCCAGUUGGGUUUAUAUGUGUCAUCAUGACAAUUUUUUUAAAUUUACUAAUUUUGUUAUUUUCAGCUCCAAACCCCACUUCAUCUGGCCGCCCGAAACAAACACUUGGACUCGUUGAAACUGCUCUUAAAAUGGAAUGCCAAUCGCUCGUUCGAAGACAUUGACGGUAACACCCCUCUGCUGUUGGCCGAGCAACAUCUCUUCGAUAUCGGAGUACGCGAGCUGAUCGGAGCCAGCGCUUCAUCGUCUCCAGAAUCCAUCGAAAGCGAAAAGAAGGCGUCGCCGAUGAAGAAGACCCAGAAACGAAAGGCCACGGCUUUAGAAAGCUCCAAAACGGCACCAGCAGUACCAUCCACAAUGUUGUCGCCGUCGUCCGAGCGCUGCACUCCACCUCAUAAUGGUACCAUUUCUGUGGCGCAACAUGGUGCUAGUCACCCACAGCAUGGUAGUACUCUAUCGCUUCAUGGUACGGCUUUACCACCACAUGGUACGCUAUACCCAACCAUUUUCGGCUUCCCACCAGUCCCUCCAACCCAACAUCAGCUCAUGAAGCUAUCGCCUCAGGACCUACAAAGACCCUACUUUGACUCGUACUCGAGCAAAUGGCUCCAGAGCUGCCCAUCAACGAACUCCUCGAAUUACAGUAGCCAGUCCGACUCCCCAGACAGCUCCCACCAAGCCCCGGUCUUUGAUAUGUUCGUGGAGAAGAAGCAGCCUCAACCCCAAAUCGGUCAUUUUAUGAUCUGA